AUGAUGACUGACAAAACCAUGGACCUCGAGUUUCUCAAGGAGAAGAAAACGCUAUCUGAUUUGGACCUCAAAUUAUUUGCGAUAUUGAACGAUGUUUUACAACCAGAAGUGAGUCUCUAUGAGAGAGAAGCCGCAAAGAGAAUUGAUGAACUAGCACCGCUGGGGCAUCAGUCUGAAGAUGGAAAUUCAAAUGAUGAAAGUAUUGAAGACUUCCUUUGGUCAUUAUGGUCACUCGUCAUUGAAGUCAUUCAAUUGUCUGAGACUUCCCUAUGGGAAGGCCUUCCUUUACUGGGUGCUUUUAUGAGAGACAAUUGGAUAUCACCCACAUACAACAGCGAAGUUCCAGAAGUUCAAUCAGCUGAAAAGUGGGCAAACUUGAAUUCCUUUGCAGCCAGAUUAUUUGGCGAAAGUCUUGCUCAGUGGAAAAACUUCGCAGUCUGGUCGUUAAAUGCUGCACUAGAAGAAGAGAUCCAAGACCAAAAGAUUCUGAUCUGCAAUAUCACAGUGGCACGAGAAUGGAUUACUCAAGCUGGAGAGCGGAUAUUCAGAGAAGCCAACGAGCAUCCCUCCGAUAAGGAGUGUCGCGUCAUGAGCGCGGGCUCUCUCUACAACGGAAAAGCAGGGUUGAGUUUUGAGAGAUGGGAAUUCUGGAAGAAACGGUUCAGAGAAAUCGGAAGACUGACCUCUGGUGAUAUCUCCAAGGUUUGUAUCGCUAUGGCGGACAAAAUGGAUGGCAUUGGAGGUACACUGGAUCAGAAGUAA